GGGAAACACAUAAAAAUAAAAAAAAUAAAAAAAAAAUAAAAAAUUCUGUAAAAGAAAUUUCUGUAAGCGCAAGGGUGUUCCUAGGCAGCUUAGGAGUAAAGUCUGAGAAUGGGAUGGGCCAUUAUUCAUCCCCAAAGGUAAAGCGUGUUAUGAAAUAGAAGCAAGAGAGAAAAAAAAAAAUGGCAGCCUCGAAGACCGGUGGGAGCAGCAAAGCAGGCACGGCCAAAGCUCUGGUGGCCGAUCAGAUCUCUCAGACCGUUCAGUCAACCUCCAAUCUCCUUCACCUCAUGCAACAGUCCUCCUCUUCUCAGGCCCAACUGAUAAAGCUUCCAAAGGACCUUUUGGCAAAAACCUCUGUAAUCAAGAAUACUGGGCAAGUGUUGGAGCAGAUGCCUCAUGUCAUUUCAUCCUUGGAUGCGCAUAUGGAGAAAGGAUUACAAAGUGUUCCUCAUCUGAAAACAGUAAUCCAAUUACUUGCAAAUAUGGAAAGCUGCCAGCUUAGUUCCAUCUCUCAAGCUCAUCUUUCUCAGCAGGAACAUGACUGGGCAACACCUUCGGAGGUGCCAUAGCCAAAUGAAGUCCUGGACCCUGAACUCCGAUCCGAACCUUCUUUGCUGUAUGCCUGAAAUGGUACAUUAGGACUGCAGCCUGCGCCAUGGUAGGAUAUCAAAUUCUUACUCGGGAUGAUCACUUCUUUAUGGUGUAACAUUUGAUCUAUCCCUAGUCUCUGUGCAACAUACAACGUUACCAGAAAAUAGAAUUCAUGCAUACAUUGAAGCAUGAGAAGAAACCUUGUUCCAGCUUGUGAUGUUCUGUAUAUUUGUCGCCCCUCAUUGUAACCAGAAAUUUGUUCGAUAUUGACUUCUCCAAGCGUUUGAAACAUGUUUACGACUUAAAAAGAAGGAAACAUGAAUGCUGAAUCGUGAUAUGUA